AUGGGAAUGGGGGGCGCGGACGUGCCAGCCCGGAAGGUGGAGGCGGACGUCUCCAUCCCAGCUGUUCUCUUGGCCCCGCAACACUCAGGACCUAAAAUAGCCAGUUCACCCCAGGUCAGCCUUGUGAGGGCCGACGUCUCACCCCUCCCCAGCAAGGGCUCUCCAGCCCAGGGCCUCGGCCCAGCGGUCGCAUUUCCACUCGGAGCCGCUUCGCAGUGGAGUUGCGAGUUGCAGGAGCGAGGCCUGAUCAAGACAUACGGAGGGUGCGGAGGAGACUCGAACAGCCGGGAAGAGCGUGAGUGCUCGCCCCUGCCCAAGAUGGGGGCUGUCGGCGGCCGCCAGGGCUCCGGGCCACCAGCCCAGCCGCCUCCUGCUGUCAGGCCCGCGUGCCAGGCCCGGCUCCGAGGGCCGCGGGCUCCACGCAUCCGCGCGGGCCGCUCCGGGCGCUCCGGGCGCUCCGGGCGCUCCGGGCGCUCCGGUCCCUGCUCAGCGGCGGCGCAGAGCUCGUCGGGGCCCGCAGCGCUGCCCUACGGCUAUUUCGGCAGCGGCUACUACCCAUGCGCUCGCAUGGGCCCGCACCCCAACGCUAUCAAGUCGUGCGCGCAGCCCGCCUCGGCCGCCGCCGCCGCCUUCGCGGACAAGUACAUGGACACCGCCGGCCCCGCAGCAGAGGAGUUCAGCUCCCGCGCUAAGGAGUUCGCCUUCUACCACCAGGGCUACGCGCCCGGGCCUUACCACCACCAUCAGCCCGUGCCUGGCUACCUGGAUAUGCCGGUGGUGCCGGGCCUCGGGGGCCCCGGCGAGUCGCGCCACGAGCCCCUGGGUCUUCCCAUGGAAAGCUACCAGCCCUGGGCGCUGCCCAAUGGUUGGAACGGCCAAAUGUACUGCCCCAAAGAGCAGGCGCAGCCUCCCCACCUCUGGAAGUCCACUCUGCCCGACGUGGUCUCUCAUCCCUCAGACGCCAGCUCCUACAGGCGAGGGAGAAAGAAGCGCGUCCCUUACACCAAGGUGCAAUUAAAAGAACUUGAACGGGAAUACGCUACAAACAAAUUCAUUACCAAGGACAAACGGAGACGGAUAUCAGCCACUACGAAUCUCUCCGAGCGGCAGGUUACAAUCUGGUUCCAGAACAGGAGGGUCAAAGAGAAAAAAGUUAUCAACAAACUGAAGACCACUAGUUAAUGGAUUAAAAGUGGAGUUAGAGGGCAACUUGAAGAAAUGCUUCAGAACUCGUUGCUUUGCCCACAUAAUGAUUAUAAUGCUAAUAAUAAUUGAAGAACGGGAAAGAGAAAGAGAGAGCACUGGCGUUUUGCUUUCCUAAGGGGGAUCUUUCUCCUUGUGGAAUCUACAACUGUUUAAAAACUUUACUCUGAGAUAUGGUUAAAAAAACCCAAAAAACCUGCCAGUUCUCCCGCCAACCCCACCAGACGUUUAAAUGACAAACUCUAGAGUAAAUCGUCAACCCCCAUAUACGCCAAUUUCAGAUAAGUUACGCAUGUACUGAAAUCUUGUAAGUAUUUAUGUGACCGUUAUAUUUUAGGACACUAUGUUAUAUGAUAAUAAUCCGAAACUUGGUUACAAAUCCAAGAGGCUGUUGUAAACAUCUGCUUGUCCUUGGGUCACCAUUCCCUUUGCAUGUUAAGUGACUGCUCAGGUAAAUCUUAGUGAAAUUCCUACCGUUGUUGUAUAUUCUGCAGAACAUGUCAUGUAUAGAUUUAGAAAGGAAAAGAGAAGAAGGUACUGAAAUAAUGAUAUUGGACUAUUUACUAUGAAGGGAGAAAGGGAGAGAAAGCUCUUCGGAGGAUCAUUUGUCUUGGUAAAUACCACCAGCUGAGUGAGACUUUGAGGCUUCAGGGGAAACGUUUCCAAACCUCCAGGUUGGAAACGUCCUUCUGAUAAUAAUUUCUAUUUGCUUAUAACAAGCAUUUUUGUGGCAUUUGGACAAUAUUUUCUGCCCCAGUAUAAUUUAAUUUCCAAAAGAUUUAAUAGCUUUUAAAAAUAUUUAAAGCAUCAGAUAAUUAACAGAAUUCACUUUAUGUCAGAUCUCCUGAGAGGUCCCACCGAACAUGGUGGACUUUGGCUUGAACACAGUUUUUCAUUUAAAUUGGUAUUUCCCAAUAUUUACUUAACAUCUUGCUGGAGAAAUAAUUUUCCUUUUUUAUUUUUUAGAAAACUCAGAAUGCAAAUCCAUUCCCUGAAACAUAUAGAUGUUUACAUUCUAUAUUUUCAUCUAUUACGAGAUUAGUAUUUUUCCUUGUUUAUUGUGUUAUGAGACUGCAUUAGAAAGUUUAGGGAUUCAUCGUCACAGCACAUCUUUAAUCAAGCAGUUAACUUCAACCAGCACAUUUUGUUGAUAUUCACUAUAAAAUGCUAUCUUGUAAAUAAAGACAUUCAGCACACUGUGAAAAUGUAUUUGUGCACCUGCUUUUCAAAUAUUUCUACUAAAAAUAAUAAUAAAAACCCUUAGACCUGUAGAUAGUGAUAUAGUGGUAUUAAUUAUGUUAAUAAAAUAGUCACUGCCUUUAAAAUCUGAAGGAAAUACUCGUUAUUUUCCCAUGCUAAAUGUGCACUGCACAGAAAGAAAAGAAGCAGGUUUUUCCUAUACAAACCAAGGACCAUUCUUUUCUAUUAUUAUUCAGCUUUUUUCUUUUUUCGCUACAAAUUUUUUAAGCAAAGGGAGAAAUCCCUCAUAACUAAAAUCCUAAAAAUUUAGAUAAGUGCUUCAAAAAGGUUAAAGCGUCAGGUAUUCUGACAGGGAGAGAAAAGGAAGGAGGAAGAGAUAGUAUAAAUUCCCAGGCUCCCUGUGGAAAAUGAAAACCAGUUGUUCAGUAUCAGCGAUGCCCAGGCUGUCGUAUUUUAAAAUCUGCUGUUGGGUCUGCAUGUGUCUGAGAGGGCAGGUAUUGAUAUUUGUUGAAAUGACAGGACUAGGAAAGGCCUUAAACCUUGACCUUGAUGAAAAAAGACAAUUUGUGACCUUGACUUUUGACAGCUCAUGAAUUGGCCUCGACUGGAUUAGUAGAUCAAGGGCGCCACCUCGCGUUGACAAGCUUCCUUGUAAUUCUUCAGAUUCAAGGGAAUCAAAAGGUCUUACCUCCUUAACUCCUUGUUUUAGAGAUUAAGUACUCAUUUGUCUCCAGAUGGAGCAAAUUUGAAUAUAUGUAAGUUAUACACGUGCCUGUAUAUAUGUGAAUAUAUAUCAUAUGUGUGUAUACAUGUAUACAUUUGCAUAUCAGUGCUUGUGUGUGCUUGUAUAUAUAUUUGUAGAAUCUGUACAGAUAGAGUAUCAUUAAUUACUGAUGACCCAAGAUGUUGUAAUUUAAGGUGAUUCCGAGAGUUAAGGUACAACAUGUAUCUUACAUGAUGAAGUUUUGCUCCUUUGCUUUAAAGGCCAAGAUUGAUUUGUAUUCUUAGUGGCUUGCUCUGCAUCAGACUCCUGCAAAUCUACUUUAAAGCUGUACAUUUGUGUUACAGUCUAAGAGGUGUUCUUAAAUAACCAUUCUUGCUUGGCCCUCACCCUCCAAGGUGGUCUACCAUCCUAAUUAGAGCUAUAGAGGAAUCUGUACGGCAAAUAAAAAGUGUCAGAUGCCUUGCUAACUCUAGAGAUCUAGAGUUACAUUUUAGAAAUUCAAAGAAACUUACCUCUUAAGAGGUCAGUAUGGAAAGCUUAAAGACCUCCUAUCUGCAAAAUGACCAUAAUAUGGAUGCAGAAGGAGAGUUAUCCUGGAUAGCUCAGAGUCGAGUGCUGCGCCUGGGUGGUGUGCAAUCUUAUACUGAUGCUUUCUAAGCUGCCUUUUGAUUUACAGAAGAAAUACACACAUUCAAUAUUAACAACCACCAUCAAAACUAUAAUAGUAAUAACUAUCAUAUUUACUACUUAUUGACCCCUAAUGACACAUCAGGUGCUCUGUUUAGAGUCAUAACUAAUACAUAUGUAUGUUUAUAUAUUUAAUAUACACAUAAGGUGAUGUGUUUUUGUCAAAAACAUGCUAUGCACAUAUGUAUUGAAAUGUUGGUGGAACCAGGAGCCUUACGAUGCAGAAUUUUGAAAUGAACUAAUUUUAUCUUUGUUAGAGGAAAGUAAUUGUGGACCGAAUAACCAUAUUUAUCAUUUUUUGGAAAAUAAUAUUGGUUGGUUACAAACCUGGCUGAUGGAAACCUCUACACGCUGGAGAGUUAUAGACAGAAUUUCUAAAGCUGUCUCAAAAACAGCAUGAUCUUGAAACAUACACAUGGAAUGGUCUUGUGAAGUGCAAUCAAUUUUGCUGCCCUGAGGAUUUUCACUCCACUUGUGGAAACAAAUGAAAAUGAUGCUUCCCAACCUCCCCACAUCUUGUUCCACAGCACUCAGUUUCUAAAUGAGCUGCCAUCAAGCCAAAGUAACAACUUUCUCCCAAAAUGUUUAAAGUGGUGGAAAAUCCCCUCAAAGCUGGAUCAAACUGUGUGUUUACGAACAGCUCCAAAGGGGACUCUUCUGUUGACGGGGGAUAUUUUUCUUUAGAUGUAAGAAAUAUUCUGAGCCUCAGGCCUAGGAAGGAGGCCAACAGCAGCUCUGCAGCCGGAAUACCACCCCUUUCACAAGCCAUCGCCACUGCAGGAACUCUGGGUAAAGUAGUGGUUUUCUUUCUUUUUUUUUUUUUCUCCCUCCUGUUUUUGAAACUAAUGACAAGAUAUUUCAGAGGUUUUACCCCUGUUCUAAAAUGGUUGUUGAUAAUGUCAAUCUUAUUUCUCACUUAAAAUUCCCAUGGAUCUACCAGAUAACCUGAAGUGAAGCAUGGCUUAUGAUGGCUUGCAAACACCCAAAUAGCAAUUAGUCUAAAGCUUUAGAAAAGAAAUACAUCCAGGAGGACAUCAGCUAUCAUAUAGGAAUAAUAAUGCCAGACAGAGGGAUAGUGUUGUUGAAUAGCUGAUUCAAGUAUUUUUUUUUUCUAAAAGGGACAUACUUUCAGAAUAAGAAUUUGUUAUAUGGAAACAACUAGACACCGUUUUCUACUGUAAAAUUAGCAAUGAUUUUUUUAAUCCUGUAAUGGCCUGUCAUGUUACUAUUUUUUAAAAACUGUAAAUAUGGGACUUAAAAAAAACCCCACAUUUCCCAUCUGCUCUUAAUACUGUCAAAUUUAUUAAGGUAUUUUAAGUGGAUGAUUGUAAAAUGCCACUUUGCAUUUCACUACUAUUUAUGCCUGAUGGAACUGAAGCCAUCCAUUUAAAUUUUUUUUGAAUACGGAAAUAGUAAAAUUUUUAAAGAGAGAAAGGGAGGAGAAAAUUAUUCUCUUUAACAGUUCAACCUAAUUGAGAUAUUUUCUUAAAAAUUCACGAGGCAGCGAAAUUCAGCUGAGGAUGAUACAUGUGUGUGCGGGUAACACAUUUCACCAUAUAAUAUAUGUACAGAUUAUUCCCUGCUGAGGGUUAGUAGAGUUUGGUGAAGAUGCAGCGUCUCGCUUCCUUUCUGCGAAUUUCCGAGUUUCUUUUGGAGUUGAGAUGGAGCCUGUCCGGGACUGUUAAGCCCCAGACCCGGUGGGUUCAGAGGCGCCCUUCCGGAUUUGCGAACUUCUAUGGGGGAGACGCUAGGGGCUUGCUGAUUUAUGCGCAUUCCUUUAAAGUUGAUCGAAUGCGUGUCAGUAUCCCAAGACCUGGAGAAUCAGAGAAAUGUGCAGCGAGUUGCUCACAUCCCAUUUUUCAUAAGCAAGGAUGUAACGUUAUCGAAGAGGCCUGGGUAGAUUUAUGCCUCGGUUUUAGGUCACGCACACAAUAAUUAAGUUUUCAUCCGCCAAGCCGCCGGGUAAAUAACAGCCGGCUUGAUUCUUCACGAAAAUACCCACUUUCUGAUCAGCUGCUCCAAUCCUAGCGCCUCUACCCAGUGCCGACGAAUGCCUGAAAGGUGUUUGCUAUUUUUAAUUUGAUUUUCAAGGGAAGAAAAAAGACGCUGACACAGAAAAAUUCCUCCGUGGAAGCAGCCAAGGCUUUGCCACAGUUGAUUUCAUUUCUGCCUGGCCUGGUCUCACUGCCCAAGAGCUGGAUCCACCGGGCAGCAAUCAUUACCACGGCUCCUUGGAGAUGUGCAAACCUUCGCGUGCAGUAGCGCGGCGGCGCGAGGCCUCUCCCAGGUGCAGGGACGUGGAGGCGCGGUAGAAGCGCUGCUGCGGACCCGGGGAGCCUCCCGAUGUCGCGCCCCUCGAGGGCCGAGGAGGCUCAAAAUCCUCCGCGCUUCGGAGUGAACCCUCUCCUCAAAAUGCAGGCUCAAACCCUUAGAGAGCCGGCCUCGCUCGGAUGGCUUGUGGGCCGGAGGGGGCGUGCAGCAGGACGUUAGGCCGAGGUCAAGGCCCUGGACCCCCAGGCCCGCUCCAGGCGAACUCCGGCGGGCCGGCCCCUUCGCCGCGCCUCGCCCCGCAGCUGCAGGCUGACGUCACCGCCGCCCGCGGGGGCCUUCGCCGGCCUCUCUAGGCGUUAUUUGAUGAGGACAAGCCGAGUCAAACGAGUGUUUUGUGCGGGUGCCCCUUCUCCGCCCCGCCCCUCCCUCCCCAAGAGAAUAAUCGGGUAUUUAAUCUCUCCCAGUCUUAAUUCUUGGCAGCGUGGAAGGUGGUUUGCAACGGGAAAUAAAACUUGACAGGAGCAUUUUCUCUAAAAGGGGUUCUGAGACGAGCUGAAAAGAAACCGUGUUUUUCUCUACCAAAUACUUCCGCUUUCUGAGCCCCGGCCUGACGGGUGGGGUGAGAUCCGAGGGAGCGGAGAACGAGCUAGGCACACAGGGCCACGUAGUGGACCCGGGCGGCCAAGUAUGGGCGCCCGGUGCAGCCCCGGGUCUCCGCCUGGGCCGGAAAGCAGCCUCGGCCACGCUGCGCCCCGCGCCUCGGCGACGCUCAGCUCGCUUGUAGCCCGGCGCCGCCCGCAGCCCGAGACCGGGACCCGGUGAACGCGAAGUUGGCAGGGGC